UGGGCCGGCAGCCGCGGCCCCUGGCCCGACCCGAGCGAGCGCCGCCGCGCCCCCGCCCGGUCGGCAAGAUGUCGGUGAAGGAGGGUGCGCAGCGCAAGUGGGCCACGCUGAAGGAGAAGCUGGGGCCGCAGGACUCGGACCCCACGGAGGCCAACCUGGAGAGUGCGGAGCCCGAGCUGUGCAUCCGGCUGCUGCAGAUGCCCUCCGUGGUCAACUACUCGGGCCUGCGCAAGCGUCUGGAGAGCAGCGACGGCGGCUGGAUGGUGCAGUUCCUGGAGCAGAGUGGCCUGGACCUGCUGCUCGAGGCCCUGGCGCGCCUGUCCGGCCGCGGGGUGGCCCGCAUCGCCGACGCCCUGCUGCAGCUCACCUGCAUCAGCUGCGUGCGCGCCGUCAUGAACUCGCAGCAGGGCAUCGAGUACAUCCUGAGCAACCAGGCCUACGUGCACCAGCUCUCCCUGGCUCUGGACACGUCCAACGUGAUGGUCAAGAAGCAGGUGUUCGAGCUGCUGGCCGCCUUGUGCAUCUACUCCCCCGAGGGCCACAUGCUGACCCUGGAUGCCCUGGACCACUACAAGACGGUGUGCAACCGACAGUACCGCUUCAGUGUCAUCAUGGCUGAGCUCUCCGACAGCGACAACGUGCCCUAUGUCGUCACCCUGCUCAGUGUGAUCAACGCCAUCAUCCUGGGCCCCGAGGACCUCCGCACCCGCAGCCAGCUGCGUGGGGAGUUCAUCGGGUUGCAGCUGCUGGACAUCCUGACACGGCUACGGGACCUGGAGGAUGCCGACCUGCUGAUCCAGCUGGAGGCCUUCGAGGAGGCCAAGGCUGAGGACGAGGAGGAGCUCCUGCGCGUCUGUGGGGGCAUCAACAUGAACAGCCAUCAAGAGGUCUUUGCUUCUGUGUUCCACAAGGUGAGCUGCUCCCCAGCCUCUGCCCAGCUGCUGUCCAUGCUGCAGGGCCUCCUCUACCUGGAGCCCACCCUCCCCUCCAGCCAGCUGCUCUGGGAGGCUCUGGAGAACCUGGUGAACCGGGCCGUGCUCCUGGCCAGUGACGUCCAGGAAUGCACCCUAGAAGAGAUGGUGGAGCGGCUCCUGUCCGUCAAGGGGCGGCCACGCCCAAGCUCCCUGAACAAGGCCCACAAGAGUGUCCAGGCCGACCUAGGCCAGAGUCAGAAGGGCAGCGUGCCCCAAAACAGUGGUGCCCCGAAGGCGGGUGUGGAGGGCCGCCAGCCCGAGGCCGACCUCACCAGCCUGCACACCGUCGACGUCCAGGGCUUGAGCAGCAUGGUCGCCCCACAGCAGCGGGCGCCCACCCCAGUCCCACCUGCACCCCCACUCCCCGGCUCCCCUGCAGGGCCUCCUCCCCCACCCCUACCUCCCCCACCGCGGGGGCUGCCACUCGCCGGGGUCGGGGUGGCCAGGGGGGCCCUACCUCCCCCACUCCCGGGCACAGGGUGCCCCCCUCCCCCCCCACCCCUGCCGGAUCUGUCUGGCUCCUCUAGGGUGGGUGGCGAGGACAUCAUUGUGGCCCACGUGAGCCACGGCCUGGACUCUGCCUGGGUCCCAAGCCACCGGCGAGUAAACCCUCCCACUCUGCGCAUGAAGAAGCUCAACUGGCAGAAGCUGCCGUCCAAGGUGGCACAAGAGCACAACUCCAUGUGGGCCUCGCUGAACAGCCUGGGUGCCGAGGUCGUGGAGCCGGACUUCUCCAGCAUCGAGCGGCUCUUCUGCUUCCCCCAGGCCAAGCCCAAGGAGCACGUGGCCGCCCCAGCCAGGAAGGAGCCCAAGGAGAUCACUUUUCUGGACUCCAAGAAGAGCCUGAACCUCAACAUCUUCCUGAAGCAGUUUAAAUGCUCCAACGAGGACGUGACUGCUAUGAUCCGGGCUGGGGACACCACCAAAUUCGACGUGGAGGUUCUCAAGCAGCUCCUCAAGCUCCUUCCUGAAAAGCACGAGAUUGAAAACCUGCGCUCCUUCACAGAGGAUCGGGCCAAGCUGGCCAACACCGACCAGUUCUACCUCCUGCUGCUGGGCAUUCCCUGCUACCAGCUGCGGGUGGAGUGCCUGCUACUGUGUGAGGGCACAGCUGUCGUGCUGGACAUGGUGCAACCCAAGGCCCGGCUGGUCCUCGCGGCCUGCAACAGCCUGCUCACCAGCCACCGGCUGCCCAUCUUCUGCCAGCUGAUCCUGAAAAUUGGAAACUUCCUUAACUAUGGCAGCCACACGGGGGACGCUGAUGGCUUCAAGAUCAGCACGCUGUUGAAGCUCACGGAAACCAAGUCCCAGCAGAGCCGCGUGACCCUGCUGCACCACGUGCUGGAGGAGGUGGAGAAGAACCACCCAGACCUCCUGCAGCUGCCCCGGGACCUGGAGCAGCCCUCCCAGGCAGCGGGGAUCAGCCUUGAGCUCAUCCGUUCCGAGUCCAGCACCAACCUGAAGAAGCUUCUGGAGACAGAGCAGAAGGUGUGGUCCUCCAUCCCUGAGGUGCAGGAACAGUACACCCAGCGUGUCCAGGCCAGCAUCAAGGCCUCCCGGGCGCUGGAUGAGGUGUUCCAGGCCAUCGAGCAGAAGAAGCUAGAGUUGGCCAGUUACCUGUGUGAGGAUGCUCAGCAGCUGUCCCUGGAGGACACAUUCAGCACCAUGAAGACCUUCCGGGAUCUCUUCAUUCGCGCCCUGAAGGAGAACAAGGACUGGAAGGAGCAGGCGGCGAAGGCGGAGAGGAGGAAGCAGCAGCUGGUGGAGGAGGAGGCGCGGAGGCCGCGGGGGGAGGACGGGAAGCCUGUCAGGAGGGGAGUCGGGAAGCAGGAGGAAGUGUGUGUCAUCGACGCCCUGCUGGCUGACAUCAGGAAGGGCUUCCAGCUGCGGAAGACGGCCCGUGGCCGAGGGGACGCAGAGUGGGGCAGCAAGGCGGCUGCCAUGGACCCGCCGAGGGACAAGGCGCCUGUGGCCCCCAGAGUCCCCUCAGGAGGCACCGGCUGCCCCACCUCUGAGCCCCGGGGCUGGGACCUCUCAGAUGCCACUGCCCCGAGCCCGCAGCCCACUGCAGACCCGUCAGAGGAGGGCGGGCCUGGGCCCCUGGAGAGGCGUUCUUCCUGGUACAUGGAUGCCAGCGAUGUCCUGACCACCGAGGACCCUCAGAGCCCCCAGCCUUCUCAGGGCGCCUGGCCCGUGGUGCUGGGAGGUGCGCAGGCCCUGAAGCCUCUCAAGCUCUCUGGUGACAAGCCUCCCGGGGUCAGAGGGUCGAGCCAAGAUGCUGAAGACCCCACAGCCCCUGAGGGCGUCUGCCUGGCCGAGGCCGACAGCACCGUGGAGGGGCCGCCGGACGCCGCUGCCCACGGCCGCAGUGCCGACCUCCCCGCCACAGGCCCUGGCGUGGCCGGGGACGGCGACGGGGACCAGGAGGACACAGCCCCAGAUUCUGCACUGGACACAUCCUUGGACAGGUCCUUCUCUGAGGACACAGUCACGGACUCUUCAGGGUCCGGCACUCUCCCCAGGGCCCGGGGACAGGCCUCAAAGAGGACGGGCAAGCGAAGGAAGAAGCGUCCCUCAAGGAGCCAGGAAGAGGUUGUCCCUGACUCUGACGGUAGUAAAACACAAAGACUCUGUGUGAUUCAGUGAGGCCUCAGCCUUAAGCCCAAAGCCAAGUGAGCGCGCCCGCGGCCGGCCCCCGCACAGCAGUGGGCCCCUGGACGUGCUGCUGAGUGGGGCUCCUCCAGGGCCAGGCUGGAACUGGGCCCCUGAGAAACCAAAACUCUGUGCCUUACCCUCCAGGGCGGUGGGCCUCCCGGAGCUGCUUGGGGGCACUGUGGCCGAGACCCCAGCAGGCACCAGGGCCCGGCCCCCGGCCCCCUCCUGGACAGCCUGCACGCCCCCAGCCCUCUGUGGUCUGCUUUCUGAAUGCCAAUGCCCACGCCUGCACCUGCAUGCACCACAGCACCCCCACGGGCACGUGGGCGGUGCCUGUGUCCCCAGGGCGCCUCUCAGCUUGCGCCCUGCCCUCCAGCCACCUGGCACCCAGAUGCUUCUAGAGACAGGCCCUCGCAGACCUCUCCCCACAAAGCCGCGGGAGCCGGGUAGAGCUGGAGCCCCCACACCCCUGCCCGCUGCCUCCUUACCCAGCCCCGGGCCCCUGCUCCCAGCUCUGCCUCUCAACUGGUUUGGCUGGGCUGGAACUAAGUGGAUUUUAACUGAAAUAGGAUUGUUUAUGCAUCUCUGCUCUUCUGUGGUAGCUGAGUUGGGCACAGGUGGCGGGGGGGAGGACCCUAGGGCCUGGGGCAGGGGCAGGCUGGCCAGCAUCACCACGAACAGGCCACGGUCCCCCCGCUCAGCAAACGGAGGGCGGCUCCCCCGGGGCUGGCCCCCGUCCCGGUACGCCCAGCCCUGGCUGCCACGGCCGGGGCCUGGCCACCUUGUCGCCAGAAUGACCCUCCCUACCGCUGCCUCCUCCAGAGGGACCGGGCUCUCCCCGCGCUGGGCUGAGAGGAGGCCGAGGACCCAGGCCUGGCGGCUGCCAGCUCCCCCUGCCCCACCCCUGCCCCAGGUGUGUGCUCCCGAGGCUGGCGUCUGCAGAGGCUCAGACCAAUAAAGAAGAAAAGAGCUGGCCCCGGGAGCGGCGGCGUGGCGUUUAGGAGCAGCGGGCAAACGUGCAGUGCCCUCUCCCAGCGGCUGUGCGGACGCGGGCCUGCCUGCUCCCAAAACACCCCCAGGACCGGAGCAGAGCAGGUGCCAGACAGACCCCAGAGUGGGGGCGAGGGGAGCCCAGAACGUCCAUGCAGAAAUCUCACCCGCUGAGUCUUCAGCGGAUUUACAAGGCCUUCAAGCACCGUGAUCCAGUUCUAGAAUAUUCCAUCAUCCCCCCGAAGUUCCCUUAGCAGCCACUCCCCAUGCUGCCUCCUCCAGCCCCCAAAUCUGCUUUCUCUCUCCAUAGAUUUGCUUUCUUUGGACGUUUCCUAUAAAUGGAGUCCCGCUACGUGGCCUUUCGUGGCCGGCUUCUCCUACGUAGCGUGUUCUCGAGAUUG